CCGUGCCGCAUGGCCGUUGAAGUCUCCAGCGAUAGACCGUUGACAUUACUGGCACGGACCCCGCAAUGUUGUUGUUUACGUUUUCCGUGUUGUUCCUAGUUUAAGUUUGCCGGCGCUUUGAUUGCGAAUGAUAAAAAAUAAGUAAUUUGGUUUGUUUCUGUGCAUAUAAAAAAAAAUUCUCACUUUCUGCAAGUAGAGGAAUUCUGUUAAAAACAGUAUAAUUUAGUUGUUUUUCACAAGACACGGUCGAGUGGUCAGUUUUAAGCUAUCUGUUGUUCUCUUACUUUUGGCAUCGGAAGAAUAGAACACAUAGUUUCUUAAAUUAUGGAUUCUCCUGAGAAAUCAAGUGAACCCGCAGCCGGUUCUGUUGACAUCUACGCAUUGCUUAGCAUUUUACUCGUUGCAUUUAUGUGGGGAUCGACCAAUCCUUUCAUCAAACGUGGUAGUAUCGGAUAUAAUGAACUGAAGGCAAACAGCAAAAUGGGACAGCUUUGGCUGGAAGUUCGAUUUCUUAUCUCACGUUGGCAGUAUUUACUUCCACUGCUCAUCAAUCAACUUGGCAGCAUCGUGUAUGUUUUAACUCUUCAAAGGACAGCACUUUCGCUUACCGUUCCGAUGGCAAAUUCGCUAACGUUCGUGUUCACUGCCAUUACCGCGAGGCUGCUAGGUGAACGACAAUCAGGCUGGAAAAUAUAUUGUGGAAUGGCUCUAGUCAUACUGGGAACAGUCAUUUGCGGAAUUGAUAAAAUAUUGUGAUAAAUUCUUGAAGUCCGAAGAAGAACUAAAUCCUGAUUUGUUUUUGAAAAAUAAUAUACUACUGUAAAGGAAGAAGAGUUAGUUAAUUGAGAAAUGUUUUAAUAAAUAUUCUAUGAAAAUUUAUGCACUAAUAAAA